UACAAAUAAAAUUUCUCAUUCUCCUUGUUCACACUUUUUACGACACUGGUACGAGUCUUUUCCCGUCGCCAAAAAUGGAAGAUGGGUUAAUAUCGGUAGACCGUUGGGCAAACGGAAGCGAGGCGUACUUCCUAACCCACCUCCACUCCGAUCACACUCAAGGCCUCUCUUCAUCUUGGUCCCAUGGCCCACUCUUCUGCUCCGCAAUCACCGCCAAACUCCUCCCCAUCAAGUACCCCAGUUUCGAUCUCUCCCUCCUCCGCAUUCUUCAAAUUGGUACCUCCCACACUCUCUCCCUCCGUUCACAUUCUUCUUCUGAUUUCACUACCGUCCAUGUCACCGCCAUCGACGCCUGCCACUGCCCAGGUUCGGUUAUGUUGCUGUUUUCGGGAGAUUUUGGUUGUGUGCUUUAUACUGGUGAUUUUCGUUGGGAGGCUGAUUGCGAGAAGGCGAGGAUCGCCAAGGACAUGCUUACCGCUGCUCUGAAUACUCAUGGUGGUGAUGGUGUUGAUGUUGUUUAUCUUGAUAAUACCUACGCUAAUCCUACCUAUGAUUUUCCUACUCGUAGUGUAGCGACUCAGCAGGCUAUUGAUAUAAUUUUGUCCCAUCCUGACCAUGAUGUUAUUAUUGGUAUCAAUACUUUGGGGAAAGAAGAUCUCUUGGUUCAGAUUUCAAGUGUGCUUAACAUAUUGAUUUGGGUGUGGCCAGAGCGGUUGCAGACUAUGCAUCUUCUUGGUCUCCCUGAUAUAUUUACAACAGAUACAACUCUUACUAGAGUGAGAGCUGUUCCUAUGUAUAGCUUUAGCAUUGAUACAUUGGAGGCGUUGAAUAGAAUCCGUCCAACAACGCGCCCAACUAUAGGAAUUUUGCCAUCAGGUCUUCCAUGGGUAAAGAACUCCCUUAAAAAGGGUGAGUUUCUCUCGGGUUCUUUUUUGACAUCGCGGUAUAAGAGAAGCAGACGGAGCGCAAAUAGUACCCAGGUCCAGAUUGAUAAACAAUUUGGAAAAGCAGGAUCUCCCAAAAAGUUUGACCAGUAUAUUUUUUCAGUUCCUUAUUCUGAUCAUUCAAAUUUUGCAGAGCUAGAGGGUUUUAUAAAGUUUGUCAAACCAACCCGUCUGAAGGGUAUUGUCUCUUCCUCUUCAUGCUAUAUUGAACCCAUGUACUAUUUUGGACGACUUUGUACCAGUAAUCAACCAGUACAACAGCUACAUACCAGGUCUAAAAUGAAAGAAAGUGGUGAUUUUGAAGAUAAUAAUGCUGAGUUAGAUAGAAACAGAAGCAAAGAAAGUUUUAGAUUGAAUGAAAGUGGUAAAAGGGUAGUAACAAUCAGCCCUGAAACUUCAUUUGAAGAUGAUAAUGUUGUGUUAGAUCGAAACAAAAGCAAGAGCAUGUUUAAAAUGAAAGAAAGUGGUAAAAGAGUAGUAGCUGUCAGCCCCAAAACUUCAGUUAGAGGUGAUGAUGAUAUUGAGCUAGAUAGAAACAGAAGCAAGGCUUUGAAGGUUAAGUUAUCAGGUUUUCGUAUGAGAGGGUUAAGCAUUUUCAGAAGAAAACGCCGUGGAGCUAAACUUUCAGACUAUGUUGAAGAAUGAUAAUGCCUGGAACUGAUGAGGGAUGCUGUUUACUCACGAAGUUGGGCACUGCUUUUGAAAUCCAUGGUGCAAGGUAUGGGCUUCUUUCCACCUAUCUCAAUGUAGAUUAAUAAAUUUUGUUAGUAGAAAGGUUAGAUGAUUAUCAACAUGCAAUUGGAUGAUCUUUUGUACCCCUCUUAGAAAGCAAUAUGUAAUUUGAACAUUAACAUCGGCUUGUGACAGAAGAAUUGUAACUUGAGUUUACCUUA